UGGGAAAGGCCUAUGCUAUAGUGGCACGCAUGGGCCGGAUUGGUAACUCCUUUUCCCACCUUAUCCUGGGCCUGUCUCAGAUCCUGCAGGACUCUGGUGGGGACUCCUCUGCCCAGACCCUCAGUGACGCAUCCCUUCAGACCUUUGCAUUUAUGUCUAGGGAGCUUGGGAGGUUGAUGUCGACAGUGACACUAGCAUGCUGCCAAGUCUGGCUGGCGCAGGCCCCUCUAUCAGAAGGGUGCCGCCGUACUCUCCGUUCUCUUCCGGUGGUUCCGUGUCGUAUGUUUGGACCGGCUGCUCAGCAGGCGGUAGAGCGCAGUGCUCAAGUAGACCAGGCCAGGCAGCAGUUUGCCAGCCUGCGUCGGGGCCCUGUUCAGGCACCAAGGCGGAUGGAUCUCUUGCCAUCGGGUCCCAACCGCUCUCAUCCACCUGCUCGCCCGGUUGCGCAGACAAGGUCCUCUCCCGAAGAAGGAUGGCAGGUUUCGCCCGAUCCUGGAUCUGCGGGGGCUGAACAGGUUUUUAAAAGUCCUGCCAUUCCGCAUGUUGCGGAUGGCAGAUGUUCUCCAGUCAGUGACACAAGGUGCAUGGUUUGUGUCGAUAGACCUCAAAGAUGCCUAUUUUUAUGUGCCUAUUGCUCCACGCCACAGGCAGUUCCUGAGGUUUGCAUUUCAAGGCAGGGCUUAUCAAUUCAAGGUGUUGCCAUCAGGUCUCUCACUGGCCCCUCGCACAUUUACAAGGUUUAUGGCAGCGGCACUCUGUCCCAUACAGGCCAGGGGUUUAUGGUCGGACCAUAUCUGGACGAUUGACAUGUGGACCAGCUGGGCCUCACAGUCAAAUACUCAAAGACCAGUCUUACACCCAGUCAGCAGGUAGAUUCCCUUGGCAUGACCCUCGACUCACUGUU